AUGGAUCCCAAAUUCAAGGGAGAGUGGAGUGCCUCUAAAAUCAAGAUGGUGAAAUCUCUCAUUGCAUGGGACAACGCCAACAACAAUUUUGCUAGUGAUAUGAACAAGAAGCACAAUCAAAUUGUGAAUGAGCUCCAGGCUAUGUUGCCUAGCAAGGAGAAGCAUCAAAGUGGAAACCAGCAUGUGGAAGCAAGUAGCAACCUCAUGAAUCAACCCUUUGGGGUGUUUGUGGGGGAUCUAUCCAUGGGCAACAUGGAAGCAUUUGAUGGUUACCAAAAAGUAGAGAUGUCCAGCACGAGGAAUGUGAAGGAGACUCCAUGGAGGAAGCCUACUCCUCGAAAGGAGAGCCAACACACUAGGAGGUUUUGGACCAUAGACGAGCAUAGGCAAUUCCUCCGUGGUCUACAUGUGUACGGUCGCGGAAAUUGGAAGAACAUCUCUAGGCACUUUGUUACCACCAAGACACCAGUGCAGAAAAAUGCUUCUGCCUGGGAGGGGCCCACCUUUGGUAGAGGUGUCUACAACACAAAUCACUACUGCUUUGCUAGACAUCCUACUUCAAUGAACAAUGCCCAGGCUUGGUCACCAUUCCUAUACCACACUGGCCAUGGAAGUAGCAACAAUAGCCAGAUGGCCACCUUGGCUAUUGGCUAG